AUGAAAUUCACCCCGAUUAUCGUAAUUACCACUUUUAAAAAUAUCAAAGAAAAGAAUAAAAAUUUGAUUCAAGGUAGUUUAGAUGUAAUAAAGAUAACACCAUCAUAUAAAACAUAUUCAACUAAUAGUACAACAACAAAGAAUCAAUGUCAUCAAGCGUAUAUGAUUCUGGUGGAUAGCACUACACCAUUUAAACCGACGUUGACAGCUGGUGACCCAUCAUACGAUGCAUUUGCAUCCUUUCAAAUGUCACAUAACUACAAUGUUACACGUAUGAUAUGGACUGCAUUGAUCACCUACCAAAUAGGAGUGUAUCCCAAACUCAUCUUUACCAUUGGCAACACUGAAGGUCAAAUCUCUGACAAUGUAUUCCCACCAUUCACAUGUAUCGACCCAGCAUCCAUCCAACUCAUCAUGCCCAACAUAACAUCGACUCUAUACACCUACACCGAUCUCCUAACUAGAAAGUUUGAAAUUACACCAGAACCAUUUGAUUCUUCCAUUUGGUAUAGUUGUUCUAUUCCAACUCCUUAUUCUUGUUAUACUCAAACCAUUCCAGCAUUAAAUAGUAUAACUGUAUCUGUUAUGACAAAUUAUGGAUCAGAGAUUGGGUAUACUGAUACUAUACCUAUUCGAAUCUUUAAUGAUUUUAAUCCAACUGGUCUGACGAUACAACUACCACCAAUCAAUCCUAGUGCUCCUGUUGAUUACUCUAUUGUAAAUGUUUUACAAUCACCACUUGCCACAUCACAAGAAACAUACUUGAUGGGUUACCAUAAUCCAACAACAUCGACUGCUACUAUAAAGUAUAGUAAUCCUCAUCAAAUGGCCAAUCUAUGUGACCAAUACCGAUACUGUAGUCCUCUUAUUCCAACCCAAGGUAACCCUCAAGAAGGAAUGCUAUUUUUAUCAACCUCACUCUCUCCCAAUUCAUUCCCAUGGUCAUUUUAUCUUAUCAAUACUACCAAUUCAGCUUCAUUCCCUUUAUUAUUUCAAUCUUCAUUUUUAAUUUCAAUUGUUACUCCUGCAUCAUCAAGUUUAAUAAGUUUUGCAACAGGUAAUGGAUUAACAGAAUUGACAUAUGAUAAUGCAUUGUUGGAUUAUUCAAUUAGAAUGAAUUAUAUGGAUGUUGUCAGUAUUGUAUACACUGUACCUGCUCCAUUUGGUCAACGAGUGUAUGAUGGUAUUCAAACCUACACAUUCCCAAUUGUAUCCACCUAUACAAAUCUUUUAGUAUAUUUUACUCAAUAUGGUUCAAAUGGUAGAAAUGUUGGUCCAAUUCUACCAAAAACAGAUAUAAUUGCACCAAAAGUAUUAAAUGUAGACUAUAGAAAAAUAGCUAGAUCAUAUAUUGUAACUUUGAAAUUAUCAGAUAAUGAAAGUGGAGUUUCAAAAAUAUCAUUUAUGGAUCAAACAUUUGGUUUGUCAACUUUGGUGGCUGGUAACUCUACAUUUGGUACAUUUGUAUUUGAAAUACCAGAAGUCGCUAUCAGUGCAUCUGCCUCUAACGAAUUAUUAGUAAUCGAUGCUGCAAGUAAUUAUUUCCAACCAUAUGAAAGAGUUUAUAAUGAUAAUAUGGAUUCUCUACCUCAUCCUUCUAUUUUCUAUAAUCAAUUGGUAACAGCAGAUAACUUUACAUAUUUUAAAUUUAUACCAAAUCUAGUUGAUACUACUGAUGGACCAGUACCAGUAUCACUACUAUUUAAUUUAACGGUUGAUGAUAAUGGUAAUAGAAGAAAUCUAGGACUUGAUUGUUCAUUCUUACUUUCAACAUUUACAAGAAACUAUCGUGUAUUAAGUUUAACAACAAGAUCCUAUUACCAUCCAUUGGACAAUUUGUUGAGAUGUGAUUUCACAAUUCCACAAUACACCAAUAAUAUAACUGCAUUUUAUAAUUUCGAUAGUUCUCUCAUACCCCUUACUCAACCUUAUUUAAUUGAAAAGUUUGGUCAACAAGCAAACCUUGAAAUUUAUUCUAAAAAUUCAAUGGAUCAUUUACCACCAUACUUUAUAGCAUAUGAAAUACCAACAGAUGCAACUGGUGAUAAAAUUACAUACAGUUUUACAGUAUCAGAUCCAAUCAAUGGGUUGGCAAAUGGAUCAAUUGAAAUAAGAUCAAGUAUUAGUCCUAUUCCAAUGAUUGGAAAGAUUGUAUUGGUUGAUAAUGGAGGUUGGGAAUCAAAAUACCUUGAAGAAUCAAGUGAAUCUGCUUCUUAUUUUAGUCCAUUCUUUUCAGUCUCUGAUGUUAUUGCAAUGACUACUGUUACUUGUACUCCAUCAAUGAAUGAAAAUACACCACCAUAUUUAACAUCAUUUAAAGUAUCAAAAACAUUUAUAGAUGUUGGAUCAAAUGAUAGAACCAUUCAAUUUAAUUUAACGGCAGCAGAUGAUGGCAUUGGAUUAAAGGGAUACCCAACCAUUUAUUUAUUAGAUAGACUUGGACAAUCAUUAGUGGUUGAACCAACUGUCAAAGAAUCACCAUUCUUUUAUUACAAUUAUACAUUACCACAUGGAUUUGGUGUCAAUGAUGGUAAUAUAUUAUUGUCGGUCUAUGGGUUGAGAGACAAGUUGGAUAAUCUUGAUGGAUACUCUACUCUUAGGUUGAAUAGUUCUGGAUUCGUUUCAACUAUACGUGUUGGCUAUUCAUUGGAUAUUCCAUCAAUCUCAAGUGUUGAAGGGUUGUAUAGUUAUCCUACGAGAGUGCCUGUACAGCCAAACAAUGAGAUUAUCACGAUUCGCGGUAGAGGAUUUGGUGAUAAUAUUCAACAACUUAUUGGGACGAUAGAGUAUGGCAACGGUACUAGUUUACAACACAUGAUUACCAUGGCACACCAUGUCAUGGUGUUUAUGGAGUAUAAUCCUAGAUUGGCAGUGAUCGAUCGUCCUGUACGUGUCAGUCUGAGACGAAUGACCAAUAACCAAGGACACGCUAUCAACGUCAUGCCAAUUCCUCUCCUCCCACCACUGCUAUUCGUCCCUACACCGGCUGCUUGUGCUCCAUCCCCAACAUCGUCGGUCAACUGCACGGGUAAUGGUCAGUGCACGUUUGACGGAUGUGUAUGCAAUCGAGGAUGGUCAGGAUUCUUUUGUGAAUCGACUGUCAUUAAUGUAGACCAACCAAUCUACAACGAAACCUCACCAAUCAUUGAUAUUAUAGUAAAGGAGAAUGCAACGACUGUCAUUCGAUCAGUGAUUGCAGUUGUAGCAAUUAGAGAGUUGACAAUGGACGGAAAAGUAUUCCAAGAGUACAGACCAAAGAAUUGGACAUUAAAUAUGACAACACCAGACAAUAAUAAUACCAACUCCAACUCCAACACUUCAUCAAUUGAAUUAAAAUAUCAUACAAUAUUACAACAAACACAAACAUUGGUAAAUGUAACGAUUGAAUGGUUUGCAGUUGACAGUCAAGUAGAAUUUGCCAAUCAAACUAUCAGUAUACCUGCAACUAGUACAAAGGUGUCUAUUGGUAUAUCAGCGUAUCCAUUUGACACUGUCAUGAAUACUCUACAAGUGGUACUGAGGACAUCAGUAGAAGCAAACUAUGAUUCUGAAUGUUCAUCGAGAGAGUAUGGAUUUGGAGAACAAGAUAAUUUGGAUUGGAUGAAAUUAAAUAUCGAUGACAAGAGUCUUUGGGGACAAUUUAUUAGACGUGGCAUACUAGAUGAUAGAAUAGCAACCAUCAACAAUCAAAUUAUAACAGAUUACAUUGAUUCUAGUGACAAUGAUACAUCUUCAUCAUCUACUACAAAUUAUGUUGGUUUGGAUGUACCCUAUUUCAGUAGGUAUGUCCAACUCGAUCCAAAUUUUGUUCACCUUGUCAAUGUCGACGGAGAUAUGAGUGAUUCAACUUGCAAGACAUCACCCAGUGGAUUGACAAUGGGUCAAAUAGCAGGUAUCGUUGUUGGAUGCAUUGCAGGUGGUGCUAUUGCCAUUGCAUCAACCAUCUAUAUCCUACAUAAAAGAAAAUUUAUUAAAUCACAAAAGAAAUUGGAUCUAAAAUUAAAGAGAGCUAGUACAAGUGAAUCAGACAAUUAA